GUAAUAUUGCCAGCGUCUUAGAGAUGGCGUCACUUGUGUUUUGCUUUCUACUGUUCCAAUUCGUGACGGGAAAUGAAAUAUACAGAAACGAUGGUAUUUUACAUCAUAUAAAUAGUGGAAUGAAAAUUGCUCAGGAAUUUUUGGGAUCUGAAUCCAUUGCCUUGAAGGUUGCAGACUUCGUUGUACGCGCUUUCCAACCUCUGCCAGUGAAAAGACAACCAUCGGACAGUUACCUCGACAAAUCUAACGAGUACGUUGAUGAGUCAGAGGAAAAUAGACCUAAUUUAAAUAUGAAUGAGGUUCCAUCUUCCAUGUCACCACUUCGUCACUUAGUACGAUUAUUGGGCCUUCAACCGCGGCAAAUUAGCGCCGUUGCCGUCAAUGCCCUCAUAUUUGUCGCUCAGAUGAUCACUUCAUUCCUGGUAGGACCUGGUACUCCAAACAGGCCGCAACGUUCAGAAGAUUUAACGACAUGGAUCCUCAACAAAAACUCUCGAAGACUUCAGGACCUAAUUGCAACGGCUAAAAACGAAUCUUUGCCAGAACAUAUUGAAGAGCUCAUACGAGAAAAGGAGUCAGAUGAAGAAACCAGCUGUAUACGGCUUUUAAUUUGUAAGAUUACGCCUUUUGUAAAUAAAAUGCAAAAGGCAGUGUUUAAUGAAGAAAAUGAGGGCAUACACGAGAAAAGAAGCGGUGGGUCGAUUAUGUAUCGACAUUUGCCUACCAGUGACGAAGUAAACGCUAGGAGCAAAGUCUGCGAGCGUAAAUAUACCGAAUGUAAAUUAUACGAAUAGAUUAGUCGUUAGUAAAACAAAAUGUCCAAUUGAAAUUAAAUUAUUUGUAUCUACGAAAGGAAUUAUAGCAAACUAGCGGACGCCAGCGACCUCGUCCGCGUGAAAUUUAGUUUUUCACAAAUCCCUCGGGAACCAUGGAUUUUUUCGGGAAAAAAUAUAUAGCCUAUGUGUUAAUCCAUGCUAUAAUUUAUCUCAAUACCAAAUUUUAGCUAAUUAGAUUCAGUAGUCGAGGCGUAAAAGAGUAACAAACAUUCGUGUCAUCAAAAUCAUUAGUUUCACAUAUCUCGGGAAACCAUGGAUUGUUUCAGGAUAAAAGUAGCCUAUGUGUUAGUCCAGAGUAAAUCUAUUUUCAUUCCAAAUUUA